GAGGAGAAGUCCCAAGGGGAAAAAAAAUGGCGUUGCAGUUGAAGAACCAUGCAUCCGGCUAUCCAAUUGCCUUGCCAUACGCCAUGUGGGGUUUCUCUCUCGCUUCCCCGGCCACCAUGUUACGUCACAUCCAUACCUGGACCUGGGCCAGCGCCCAGCGGCGUCGUCUCGCUCCCCGGUCCCCUCUUCUUCUUCUUGACCGCCAACGGCGCGCCGCUCUCUCUCGCUGCCUUUAAAGAGCCGGCCGGGCAAACAGCUCGAGGAGCAAAGCUCUCGUCGGUCGUGUCGUGGUGGCAGCGGUGUAGAGCUGCAGGCUGCAGCUGCAAGCAAUAGAGAUCGAGCCGAGAAGAGUGAUCCGGCGGGCCGGAGCUCCGUCGCUUCAUUGAUGAAUGCCGAAGCUAUAGCGGCCCUUGCUCGUUCCCAGGUUCGAAUUCGAUGCCCCGGUCGCCGCCCGGAUGGCACUCCCAACCCCGGUGGUAGCCGGCAUUGCGGCCGGCGCCGCCGCGCUGCUGCUGACCGCCGCCCUCGCCGUGGCGUGGUGGCUCGUGAGGCGGCGCCGUGACCGGAGCUCCGACACCGGCUCCUCGUCGGAGGCUCCUCCUCCCACGCUGGCGGAGUGGGGCCGGUGCGGCCGGACCUCGUCGGCGCCGGAGUUCCACGGCGCCAGGCAGUUCUCGCUGGAGGAGCUCGCGCACGCCACCCACAACUUCGCCGAGGCCAACCUGGUGGGCGCGGGCGGCUUCGGGCUGGUGUACAAGGGCCUGCUGCUCGACGGCACCGUCGUCGCCAUCAAGCGCCGCGCCGGCGCGCCGCGGCAGGACUUCUCCGACGAGAUUAGGAGGCUAUCGGAGAUCUGGCACCGCAACGUGGUGACGCUGAUCGGCUACUGCCAAGACGGCGGUCUACAGAUGCUGGUGUUCGAGUACCUGCCCAACGGCAGUGUCAGCGGCCACUUGUACGACACUGGCAAGGAGUCGAUGACAAGGCUGGAGUUCAAGCAGAGGUUGUCGAUAGCCAUUGGAGCAGCUAAAGGUCUGAAUCAUCUGCACAGCCUGGCGCCGCCGUUGAUCCACAGGGACUUCAAGACGAGCAACGUCCUCGUCGACGAGAACUUCAUCGCCAAGGUGUCCGACGCCGGGAUCGACAGGCUGCUGCGAGGCUUCAAUGGCGCUGCCACUCCGGCGGCGAACGGCGGUGUCUUCCAAGACCCAGAGGUACAUUCACUGGCGCAGCUUUCUGAAAGCAGCGACGUGUACAGCUUUGGUGUGUUCCUUCUGGAGCUGAUCACUGGCAGGGAAGCAGCGGGGCUGAUUCCGCCGGAAUCCAACGAUUCUUUCGCUCAAUUGAUGGAGGCGCGUUUCAGCUCGAACGAGCUGGUGGACCCGAGGCUGGGAGGGAGCUUCACCUCGGAGGGCAUGGCGGAGGUGGUGGGCCUGGCGUUCCACUGCCUGAGCACGUCGGCGAGGCGGCGGCCCAGGAUGCGGCUGGUGGCCGCGGAGCUGGACCGGAUCCUGGAGAAGGAGAUGACCCUCACCACCGUCAUGGGCGACGGCACCGCCAUCGUCACGCUCGGCAGCCAGCUCUUCACGUCCUGAUCAUCAGGUCGGGACCCGCUGGCAUCAUCAACCCAAGGAGCAAGCAUGGUCGCCGACGAUGUGGCCUUGCCGGAGAGCCGAGGCACGUAGUGCAAGCGAGCCGGCGCCCGGAUCCACCUGCUCUGUCUUCCAUGCCCGUUGCCCGGCACCCUGACCGGGGCCGUCCGCCGGGGUGAUCGCCGCUCGAAUCUUCAACCAACAGAGAACGAGCGCUGCUUCCUGCGUCCUGGGGAGCUGGACGACGCAACGCGACGCAAGCAGCUCGUGGCCGCUGAUUCUUUCACUCACUGCUCGUCCUCCGAGUCCGAUACAGGAAACUUCAGGAAACAACAACAAACGAACCUGUGUCUUGCAUUUUUUUCUUUUUUGAAGUCUUCAUGUUCAGAGUUCCGUUGGCUUUCAUGGAGCAGUUCAGCCAAAAUAUGUGUGUGUGUGUGUGUAUGUAAAAAUCCAUUUGACCCCAUCUAGAAUUGGAAGAUGGAAUAUACAAUUAGACUGGCUACGCAUGGCGAUUGAAAUGCAAGCCUUCAGGAAUCUAAA